AAACAGUCCCAUAGUUCCAUAUACCUAUCUCAUUGCAUCAUCUAUCCUAUACACAAUAUACCAUAUAAUGAAGAUGAACAAAUCCUACUUCCUCUUCUUCUUAGGUGUCUUAUUAAGCUUAGCUUUGGUACUUAGCAUUGGAGAAGGAUUCGAAUACCACGAGAAGGAGUUGGAGAGUGAGGAAAGCUUGUGGGGGUUGUACGAGAGGUGGAGGAGCCACCACACUGUCUCCACCAGCCUGGAGGAGAAACACAAGAGGUUCAAUGUCUUCAAGUCAAACGUUGACUAUGUCCACAACUUCAAUAAGAAGGACAAGCCUUACAAGCUCAAGCUCAACAAGUUUGCGGACAUGACGAACCACGAGUUCCGAAGGACGUACGCCGAUGCAAAGAUCAAGCACCACCGGUUGCUACAAGGCGCCUCCCGCGCAAGCCCGUCGUUCCAGUACGCCAACGUGACUGACGUCCCGGCCUCCGUCGAUUGGCGCGCCAAAGGAGCAGUCACCAAUGUCAAGGACCAAGGCCAAUGCGGGAGUUGUUGGGCAUUCUCAACUGUUGUAGCAGUUGAAGGGAUAAAUCAAAUUAAGACCAACAAAUUAGUCUCUUUGUCAGAGCAAGAGCUCAUUGACUGCGACACACAGGAAAACCAAGGCUGCAAUGGAGGCCUCAUGGAUUCAGCAUUUGAGUUCAUCAACAAGCAAGGCGGCCUCUCCACGGAAAAAAUCUACCCUUACAAGGCUGCACAAGGCAGAUGUGAUUCAAGAAAGGUGCACUUGCAAGCUGUAUCGAUCGAUGGGCAUGAAGACGUGCCUAAAAAUGAUGAGGACUCGCUGCUUAAAGCAGUAGCCAACCAACCUGUUUCUGUAGCCAUAGAAGCUUCAGGUUCUGACUUCCAGUUCUAUUCCGAGGGUGUUUUCAGUGGGGAGUGUGGACAAGAGCUUGAUCACGGGGUUGCGAUCGUUGGGUAUGGGAUAACACAGGAUGGAACCAAAUACUGGAUCGUUAAAAACUCGUGGGGCGCUGAAUGGGGAGAGAAGGGAUACAUAAGGAUGCGACGUGGAGUCGAGGACGGGGGACUGUGUGGUAUAGCAAUGCAAGCAUCUUACCCAGUCAAGACCUCUUCCACUGACCCCAAACACUCAUCUUCUAUGCCUAAGGAUGAGCUGUGAAUGUACAGUUAUAUAUGCUAGAAGCAUGUCAUUCAACCCACCCUAACGAAUUAUCUCAAUAUUUGUUUGUAUAUCUAUUGAAUAUUGGUAGCAAGCAGCAUUGUUAUAUAUAUGCUUGGCAACUAGAUUUAUACCAAUCAAUUACUCAAUGUAUUUGUAGACCCCUGCAUAAUGAUACUAAUACACUGUGAAGUAAUAAAAUGAAAGGUUUCUACUUUGUGUCACUCAUUCCACAAGAGUUACAGCUUGUCUUUGAAACAGUAUGCAGAGAACAGAGUUUAGGAAAAGGAAA